AUGUUGUGGGGCACGGCUCACCUGCUCAGCAUGCAUCUUUCCUUGGCCUGGGCUCUCAGCUGCUACGAGACAGAGUCCUCGGCGGACUUCAACCUCCCUGGGGACUACCUCUUGGCCGGCCUGCUCCCUCUGCACGGGAAAUGCCAGCGCGUGACACACAGACCCCAGGUGACCCUCUGUGAUCGGCCAGGCAGCUUCAACGGCCACGGCUACCACCUCUUCCAGGCCAUCCGGUUUGGCGUUGAGGAGAUCAACAACUCCACAGCCCUGCUGCCCAAUGUCACCCUGGGGUAUGAGCUCUAUGACGUAUGCUCCGACUCGGCCAACGUGUAUGCCACCCUGCGCGUGCUCUCCCGGCUGGGGACGCGCCACGUGGCCAUCCGAGGAAACCCGCAGCACUACGUUCCCAAGGUCGUGGCAGUCGUGGGGCCCGACACAACGCAGCACGCCGUCACCACUGCCGCCGUGCUGGGCCCCUUCCUGGUGCCCCUGAUCAGCUACGAGGCGAGCAGCACGGCGCUCAGCGGGAAGCCGCAGUACCCCUCCUUCCUGCGUACCAUCCCCAGCGACAAGCACCAGGUGCAGAUCAUGCUUCUGCUGCUGCAGAGCUUCGGCUGGGUCUGGGUCUCGCUGCUGGGCAGUGACGACUACUACGGCCAGCUGGGAGUGCAGGCGCUGGUGGAGCUGGCCACGCCACAGGGCAUCUGUGUCGCCUACAAGGACACCGUGCCGUCCUCCGCCCGGCCGCGCGACCAGAAGAUGCAGGAGAUCAUAGCCAACCUGAUCCGCUGCAACAGCACGGUUGUGGUGGUUUACAGCAGCCGGCAAACGGCGCUGGUGCUCUUCCGGUCUGUGGUGCUGGCCAAUCUUACCGGCAAGGUGUGGAUCGCCUCGGAGGACUGGGCCAUCUCCACGCACAUCUCCAGCUUGCCUGGGAUCCGGGCCGUGGGGACGGUGCUGGGCGUGGCCAUCCAGCAGAGACUCGUCCCCGGCCUGCGGCAGUUUGAGGAGGCCUACGCCCGGGCACACAAGGUGGCCCCUGGGCCCUGCCUCAGGGGGUCCUGGUGCAGUGCCAACCAGCUCUGCCAAGAUUGCCAAGCGUUCACAGAACACAGGAUGCCCACUCUGGGAGCCUUUUCCAUGAGUGCAGCCUACAAUGCAUACCGGGCAGUGUACGCCGUGGCCCACGGCCUCCACCAGCUCCUGGGUUGUGCCUCUGGAGUCUGCUCCAAAGGCCAGUUCUACCCCUGGCAGCUUCUGGAGGAGAUCCGCAGAGUCAGCUUCCAGCUGCAUGAGGACACUCUGAUGUUUGACGACAUCGGGGACCCGCUCAGUGGCUACGACAUAGUCGCCUGGGACUGGAGCGGGCCCCGCUGGGCCUUCACUGUCAUUGGAUCCUUUAUGUGGCCUUCAGUUCAUCUGGACAUAGAUAAGACCAAAAUCCAGUGGCCCGGAGAGGACAACCAGGUACCUCCGUCGGUGUGUUCCAGCGACUGUCUGGACGGGCACCAGCGAGUGGUCGUGGGUUUUCACCACUGUUGCUUCCUGUGUGUGCCUUGUGAGGCCGGGACUUUCCUCAACAUGAGUGACCCACACAGCUGCCAGCCUUGUGGCCAGGAAGAGUGGUCACCCGAGGGGAGCUCCACCUGCUUCCCACGGACUGUGGCCGUGCUGACCUGGGACGAGCCCAUCUCCUGGGUGCUCCUGACAGCCGACACGCUACUGCUGCUGCUGCUGCUGGCCACAGCCAGCCUGUUCGCCUGGCACUUUCACACUCCUGUUGUGAAGUCUGCGGGUGGCAGCCUGGGCUUCCUCAUGCUGGGCUCCCUGGCGGUGGGUAGCUGCAGCCUCCUGGGCUCUUUUGGGGAGCCCACGCCAACCUCCUGCUUGCUGCAACAUGCCCCCCACUUCCUGGGAUUUGCUGUCUUCCUGUCCUGCCUGACCAUUCGCUCCUUCCAGCUGGUCAUCAUCUUCAAGUUCUCCACCAAGGUCCCACCAUUCUACCACACAUGGGCCCAAAACCACGGGGCCGGCCUGUUUGUGGCAGUCAGCGGGGUGGUCCAGCUGCUCAUCUGUCUCAUGUGGCUGGCCGUGUGGACCCCUGUACCCAUCAGGGAUUAUGGCUACAUGCCCCAGCUGGUGCUACUGGAGUGCACAGAGGCCCAUUCCGCGGGGUUCAUGCUGGCUUUCACCUACAACAUCGUCCUCUCGGCCUGCGCCUUUACUUGCAGCUACUUGGGCAAGGAGCUGCCCGAGAACUACAACGAAGCCAAGUGUGUCACCUGCAGCCUGCUGCUCAACUUCGUGUCCUGGGUCAUCUUCUUCACCAUGGUCAGUGUCUACCGCGGCAAGUACUUGUCCGCCGUGCGUGUGCUGACCGGCCUCAUCAGCCUGAGCAGUGGCUUCAGCGGCUAUUUCCUCCCCAAGUGCUAUGUGAUCCUCUGCCGCCCGGACCUCAACACCACACAGCACUUCCAGGCCUCCAUCCAAGACUACACCAGGCGCUGUGGUUCCUCCUGA